AUGGUGUACAAUCCAGUAUACCCUCAGCCCUUCAAACGAAGAAUGGUAGCCGCUAGUAGUAGUCUUCUAGCCAUAGUCGCACUUUCGUCAAUAGCUUCCACGACUGGUGCUCCAGUGGUGGAGACUCCACUCUUUGGCUUCCAAACAGGCCCACUGGAAGGCCCACUCUAUGCUGGAGAACUCUUUUAUGAUGAUUCUACCGAUAAAAUCUAUAUUUCUGGAGAGAUUUACCAGGCAAAUUCUCAAGCACCCGAGUCCGAAUGUCUCCUGAUGACCUUUGAUCGCAAUACGCUGGACCUGAUCAAGUCCAAAGCGUAUGGCAAUCCCAAUACUCUGGAUUUCUGUUCUUCCAUGACUCUUUCCAGCGAUAAUCAUCUGAUGGUGGUAGGAAACUCGGCACCCGGCGGAUGGUCAGAUCAAUUCAAAUUGACCAACACAAACGGAAGCAACAAGUUGAAUGGAUUCAUGGCCGUCUUGAACAAGGACGACUUAUCGGCUGUUUCCUCCACUCACAGCGGAUUGAUGAUGGAAACAGCUGACCUAAAUACCAACAUUCCGUAUCCACGAGAUAUCUUAUCAGAUGACAAUGGAAACGUUUGGGUUGUCUCCUUGACCAGUACCGAUUCUAAUGCAAACCCUUCCGAGAGUGCUUUUGCCGAUUGGUUGACCGAAGAUAUUCAAUACGGAUCUUCUACCUAUAUGACUAUUACCAAGUUUAGUUACGGAACCAGUGCCGGUCAUUCCAUUUCAGGCAUUUCAACCGGCAGUAAUCAUCUCAGUAUGGAUUUUACCAAAGAAUACCCAGUCGAUACACCAUCGGAUGGGACUGUUCCACCCCGCGUCUUUGUGGGUGGCCUCUUGCUCAAGGAUAUUGCUCCCGUCACUGUGAAUGCAGCGGCUUCUACCGAGGACAAAGAAACGGAAUUUCUGGUCGUUGCCGGUUCGACUCGGGGCAAGGGAACUGGUUAUGGACAAUCCCAAGGAACAGACGAAGAUGGAUUUCUGACCUUGAUUGACAAGACUACUGGCAAUUUGCUAGACCUGACUAGCCCAGUCGCCGUGGCCGCGGGUAUUACUACCAACAAUGCCCGGAUUGGGACCUAUGCCGAUGAUAUCAUUACGGGACUUUGUAACGACCCCAACGAUCCUGAUUCCUUCUUCAUUGUCGGUGCCACACAAGCCCGAUUCGGCGACGCCCUCCAAGAUGAUGCUGGACCCAAUAUUCCCGAAACUAGUCUUCGUGGGUUCAUCAGCAAGAUUAGUUUGACCGAUCUCAAGGCCAAGUGGACUCGCCAUUUCAAGGCUGUCCAACCAAAUCCAUCGCAAGUUUCGGAAGUCUAUGCCAUGGACUGUUUGGUCGAUGAUGAUCAAAUCUUUGUCAGUGGUAAUGUCGAAUCUGGAGGCAGUGUUUACGAUGUUUCCAAAGACCGACAACUUCCUGCCAAGGGAGGCUCCGACAUGUGGUUUGCCGCCAUGGAUCUGUUUACCCUUGAAGUAGAUUGGGUGCGACAGAUUGGAACUGUCAAGGAUGAUCGAUUGGCCGAGCAUGGCAGUAUGGAUAUGACGGAGGAUUUGCUGAUGGUAUUGGGUGAAACCAAUGGAAACUUUUAUCGCGAGCGUGCUGCCGACGAGAAGGAUGCCAGUACGGAUAUUGUGCUGAUUGCCCUUGGCACGGAUACCGGACGUCACAAACAUCCCAUUGGACAAAAGGGUGACCAAAUUAUUAAGGCUCCCGAUGAAGAGGACGAAGACGAUGAUUGGAACAACGCUGAUGAUGACGAUGACAGCGUUGUUGGUCAAAUCAAGUGGGAACCACGAGGAGCUCAAUUGAAGGGUCCUUUGUACGCAGGUGGUAUGGUGUACGAUUCGGAAAAGCACAUGGUCGAAUUCACAGGAGGUUCGUACCUGGAGGAAAAUAACAAGUCCAUGUGCUUCACUGGAACAUGGGACUUGACUACUGGUCAAGUGAACAAGAUUUAUCUCGCUGGGACUGACUUUUCGGAAGAAGCCUGUAAUGCCAUUGCUUGGAGUCCUACCGAUAACCUCGCCUAUUCGGUUGGUUUCACGGAAUCAACCGAUCAAGGAUUCUUUGACUACAUGACCGCCGGUGCUGAUAGGGCUGAUAAUGUCAAGGUGAUGGGAACCAUUCUGCAAACCAAUGCGAAUGGACGACCCGUCGGAGGUGGUAUAAUCGACCAAGAAGUUGUUCAAUAUCCAGUUGCCGCGGUGACUCAUCCUACAGAAGAUUACAUUUUUGUGGCCAGCAGUGCGUCUACCAACUCGACGGAACAUGGUAACAUGCCCGCUGCAGUGGCCCAUCCAGAUUUGACCACGGGUGGCACUCGCCGCUUUGGCGACAAGUUCUUUGUCGGUGUAUCGAGGUAUCAAGUUAUCCAAAAGCCCAAGACCCCAGCCGAACCGUUGUCUCAGACUUUGGAAGAAAGCUGGUACAAAGCCUACAAUGUUGGAGAUCAUGCUGGAGUCGCAGUGACUGGAAUGGCCAUGGCUGGAGCGGGGGCCAACACUUUAGUUGCCGUUGGUAGUACCAAGGGUUCUGGUUUGCUAUUUGGCAAGAACACUGGAGAUGACUUUGAUGGAUUCGUGCUCAAGAUUAAUCCUGAAAAUGGAGAAGGCCUUACCUUCCAACCAGAGGACAAGGCUUCGACACGAGUCGAUUCGAGCGACCACAAGGAUGACUGGAUCAAUAACAUUUGUGUCGACAAGUUCAAUCCCGACUUUAUAUACAUUGUGGGUGGGACCAAGGGCAAGAUUCGCUCAUUGGACGACGAGCACCAACUUCCAGAAGGAGACAUUCACGCAUGGAUUGCCAAGAUGUCCUUGGAUACUCUUGAUGUAACAUGGGUUAAGCACUUUACCAUGCAGGCCGGUCCUGGAGCAACCAUUGCCGAAGCCUCUGCUUUUGCGUGUUCUAUAGCCCCCGGAGAAGAUACCAAUAGUGUGGUUUAUAUUGCAGGAACUAUUCUUGGAGGUGCUGUUAUGGAUAACGCUAUCGAAGGACAAUCUGGAGGUGGUGACGAUAUGUUCAUCAUUCAAAUGGAUGACGAUGGUCAAACUGUGAACUGGAUCCGCCAGGUUGGUACUGCUGAUGAUGAUCGUUUGGCUGCCAGUGGCGGCCUUGACAUUGAUGCAGAGGGUAAUGCCAUCUUGUACGGAGAGACGACUGGAGCCUUUUAUAGUACGACUGCCAGUGGAACAAAUGACAUAGUUGCUUUCACCAUGCAAAAGAAGGAUGGUGCCUAUUAUGGACUUGGAACCGGAGCACCUCCCAUUACUAUCGGAAGUGGUGGCACUACAGUUCCACCACCAGUUGACCUCGACGGAGAUGGCAUGGAAGAUGUCAAGGUUGUUGAUCCCAAUGAGAAGAGUGACGACGACCACUUGGAUGACGAUGCGCAUGGUAAUGAUGACGACAACAUUGUCCCUGACAAUAUUCUUGCUGUCCAAACUGGACCAGACUCUGGGCCUACGUACGCUGGUGGUAUGGCGUAUGACGAGUGGACCAAUUCAAUUUACUUGACGGGAGCUACCUACGGUUCGUUCACCAAACCUGGAUCCGACAAACGGGAUUCGUCUUACUGCUUCUUUGGAGUAAUGACUCUUCCAUCCUUGGAAUGGAAAGAUCGUGAAACCUUUGGCACCAAUUCUGCCGUGGAAGCUUGCAGUGCCCUUGCUUUGACAAAGAAUGAUAAUAAAUCUGGGGUGGCUAUUGCUGGUUCCACCGAGGCGAACGGAUUACUGACUUCGCAAUCUGAAAAGACCGAUACUCAAUACGAAAUGCUUCUUGACCUAUUGGAUGUAAAUGAUGCUUACGGACUGGUCGGAGGACAAGCCGUCGAUGACGAAGUGAUUCAAUUCCCAGCUGCCAUUGUUAGUAGUGGUGAUACAAUAUAUGUUGCAUCCAUGUUCUCGACUGAUGAGAGAAUCACUGCAGACUACGAUAAAGCGUCACAAGAAUACCCUAAUUUCACUACUGGUGGUAUUGAAAAGUACGGUUCGCAAUAUGGUGUUGCUGUGGAACAAUUCAAGAUCCAGCGUGAGGAUACUACAUUAGGAAGCGGGAUCAUGCAAAAGUCUUUCGUUCGCCAAUGGAGAAGGCCAUUUGAAACGACUGCAAUGUCAUCAGUCUUUGUCUCUGGAAUGAUCGCUGUCGGAAACGAAUUGAUCGUCGUUGGAAGUACCCGUGCGUCACCAAAGGGUAACGACAUGGAUGGCAUCAUGGCUCGAGUGAAUACCGCAGAUGGCAACUUUGUCGGUACUUUGGAAGGAGACAACUCUGUGGCCUACUUUGAAUCUGCGGAUGGAGCCGAUGACUGGAUCAUGAAUGCCUGUGCGGACUCGGAAUCCGCCCAUGAUCACUUUUACGUUGUCGGUGCAACAGCCAGCAAAGCACAAGAUGCAAACACCAUCAAUGCCAUGAUUGCCAAGAUCAGUCUGGAUAAUCUGACCCCAAUUUGGACCAAGGAACUUGAAGUCUUGCAUGCUUCGGGAGAUAUCACCAAGCACGCUGCCGCUGUUGGCCUUGGAUGUGAUGUCAUUCCUGGAAAUCAUGGAAUAUACAUUGCCGGAACCGUUGAAAAUGGGGCUCGAUUGAACUACCCAAGCACCCAAUCCGCAGGCAGAGAUGAUAUCUUUGUUGCCAAGAUCGACCCCACUGAUGGUCGCACCAUUUGGUUGGAUCAAUUUGGAUCAAAUGGCGACGAUCGCUUGGCCCGAGCUGGAGGAGUCAAGGUUAAUCAGAAUGGAAAUGCCGUCGUAUAUGGAGACACCAAUGGUGACUUUUACCGAUGGAAUCCAGAACACAGCCGUGAUCUCUUUGUCGUAGUGAUGGACCAAAAAUCAGGAGCCUUCCAAAAGCCACUAGUUGGAGCUACUUGGCCACCAGACACUUCGGCUCCAAGGGAAUGGUUUGGAGUCAUCAACUUGGAAGGAAACACCAAUACCAUAGCCAUUGUCGUUUCCCUUUUGGUGAUUCUCUGUGUAGUAAUUGGGGUUCUGUGCCUCCGAAACAAGAAGAAAAAAUCCGAGUCCCAAAAGACUUCUAUCUUUGCUUACCUACAACGGUUCGACGUCGAAGACAUUGAUCUUCGUAGGUCACCGCCGGGAGGAUGGCAUGGAACCUACCUGAACAAGCUGGCCUAUGGCAUCAAUGGAGCCGAGAGUGGCUCUCGGGAUCAUCUUAAUCACAGCUAUGACGAAUCACGGCCGUUGACGCAUUCAAGUGUUGUUUCGGAUUCACUAUUUAUGGAUCAGGACAUUGAUACGCCAGCAAGCUAUGACAACUUGCAAAGGCACUACAGGGAUGGAAGUGAAAGCAGACCCGGGAUGGAAAUCAUCUAA